AUGGCAGGCGCUCGUGCGAGAUCGCGCCAGGCAGCCGAGUUGUCGACGCCAAGGAGGUCGGCGCGGAGAGGGAACAAGACACGAUCCGAGGAAGAAGUGCCAGCUGUGUUCCAGGAUAUGCUGCGCGAGGAAGAGGCAUCCAAGGCCACCAGUGCCCAUGAAGAUGGCCCACCGCAAAAGAAGAGAAAGACGGCGCCACCGACCACGAGCCCACGUCCCGCUGCUCUCCCCACACGGGUCUCGCCAGUACCGUUGCGUGCACAAGCGCAAGCCACGGCUACAAUUCCGCCAGUCGCCGACGAGCCUCGAUACACCAGCGGACGGCUGCGACAGACCAUCAUCGAUUCAGAUGAGUCGGAAGACAGUGAUAUGGAGUGGGAAGAUGCGCUGGCCGACGGCGACGAUAGCGAUGACGACGACGCUGCUGAGGGCCGGGACACCGCACCGCAUAUUGGGGACAUCUCCAUUGCCAUUGGCGCCAAAAAGACGGACGAGAAUGGUGGGAAGAGAAAAGUACGGCGACGAGCAAUAACCUCCGUUGAUAAAAAGCGCCGUCUGGAUAUUCACAAAAUGCACGUCCUCUGUCUGCUUUACCAUGUCCACUACAGAAACGCUUGGUGCAGCGACAGAAGAGUUCAGAGCACCCUGCGUAAAAUUGUUUCCCCCAAAACACUGGCUAACCUCGUUCCAAACCCCGACCUCACACAGUAUUCUGCAUCAAAGCAUUUUAUUGACGGGAUGAAUGAUCUCAAGAUGAUGUGGUCUAAGCGAUUCAACAUCACCGCCCGGGGCAUGCACAAGCCCCGAUGGGCCGAGGUCGAUGCCGCUAUCCGUCCCUUCUCAGACUUUGACGAGUUCGAUGGCCCCAUGGAUAAAGAUGAAUUCCGUACUGCGGCGCAUACUUUGCAGGGGUCCCAGGAUGUUGGCACGCAGCUGUUUUGCGCCCUUCUCCGUGGAAUUGGCAUAGAAGCUCGCCUUGUCUGUUCCCUGCAGCCUCUACCUUUCUCUUCUGCCGCUGAGCGUGCAACUCCACAAAAGACGAGUGUGCAGAAGAAUACGAUAGUAGUUGAUCCGUAUAACAAGUCAGCAGAGCCAAGUCCCACAAAACCCACAUCACAGGGGCCGCGAAAUAAGAGAUUGUCCAGACUAGAGCGUGUAAUGGGCGAACGCCAUACAGUUCUGAACCAUACUGGUGUGGCGCCUAAGAAACAGAAGGCAUACCACACACCGUAUCCUGUAUACUGGGUUGAAGCUUUCAAUCCUGCAUAUCAGAAAUGGGUACCAAUCGACGUAUUCUCUACAUUCACUGUCAACUGUCCCGAGAAAUUGGAACCACCGCUUAGCUUUCCUGACAACAUUCUGGCUUAUGCAAUAGCAUACGAAGCUGACUUUUCAGCGAAAGAUGUCACACAACGAUAUGCAAAGGCAUACAAUGCCAAGACGCGGAAAUAUCGUGUCCAUAGUACACCUGGAGGGAACAAGUGGUGGCGACGAGCUAUGGACUUUUGGAAGCGUAGAUACCCGCUUGAUAGAGACCAAGUGGAAAAUGCUACCUUGGCGCGCAAAGAGGCAUUGGAAGGCCUACCGAACAAUGUUCAAGACUUCAAAGGACAUCCCGUCUACGUACUUGAGCGACAUCUGAAGCACAACGAGGUCAUUCACCCUCUGCAUCAAGUUGGAAAGGUGAAUUGCGGCACUGCCAUGAAUCCCAAAAUGGAGCCCGUCUAUCGUCGUGUCAAUGUACAUACAGUCAGAACCGCAGACAAAUGGUAUCGCAUGGGGAGAGAUGUUAAAUUUGGCGAACAACCCCUUAAGCGCGCGAAACCCAAGAAAGGGCGGAGGAGCUCUAUUGAUCCAAGUAUGGAAGGCGAUGACGAAGCAGACGAGGUUGGGGCUGGCCUCUUUGCUGAGUUUCAAACCGAACUCUAUGUACCACCUCCUGUUGUUCGAGGCCGCGUUCCGCGCAAUGUCUACGGCAACCUUGACUUGUACGUCCCAUCAAUGUGCCCACCAGGGGGUGUGCAUAUUCGACAUAAGCUUGCGUCUAAAGCAGCACGUAUCGUUGGCGUCGACUUUGCAGACGCUGUCACUGGAUUCUCUUUCAAAGGUCGCCACGGCACUGCAAUCGUUCAGGGCGUGGUAGUUGCGCAAGAAUACGCGGAUGCGGUGCAAGGCGUGAUUGAGGGUAUGGAGUACCAGCAAGAAGAAGCAGAGGCAGCAGCGCGCAGAACCGAAUCGCUUCGACUGUGGCGACGUUUCUUCCUUGGUCUGCGCAUUGCAGAGCGCGUCAACGCCAUUGAAAUCGAUGGCGAGAAAGGCCCAGCUAUCGACGUGCAGGAUGAAAUUAGUAAAGAAGAUCGAGAGCUGGCUGCCCAGGAAAUGGCAGGUGGAUUCUUUCCUGACGAUGCCGCGACUGCCGAGCCCUCAGGCAGUGGGUAUCAACCACGACAUGAAGAGAAUACCGGCGGUGGAUUCUUACCAGACAGCAAUGACGCCGGCUUUGAUGACGGUGGCGGUGGG